UCCACUAGCUGAGUGUGUCUCAGUAGUGUACACACCCGCUCCGGCUGCUCCCCUCCACUCCUUCCCUCACACUCUGUAGCCAUGGACACACUGGAUGAAGACCAAGUUCAGGCCCUCCAGAAGGCCUUCAACUCCUUCGACACUGAUGAUAAAGGCUUCAUCACACCGGAUACCGUGGGCGUUAUCCUCAGGAUGAUGGGCGUCAAGAUCUCCGAUAGACAUUUACAAGAGGUCAUCUCCGAGACUGACGAGGACGGCUCCGGAGAGAUUGAGUUCGAGGAGUUCGCUGCGCUGGCUGCUAAAUUCCUGAGCGAGGAGGACGAGGAGGCGUUGAAGAAGGAGCUGAAGGAGGCUUUCCGUAUCUAUGACAGAGGCGGUAACGGUUACAUCACUGUCCACACCCUGAAGGAGAUCCUGCGCGAACUCGACAACAAACUGACGGAGGAUAACCUAGAUAGUAUCAUUGAGGAGGUGGACGAGGACGGCUCCGGCACCAUCGACUUUAACGAGUUUAUGAAGAUGAUGAACGGUUAAAGUGAGGUGAAGAAGUCUUUAAUUACCAUGGCUGACAGUCUGCCCUCACCCCCCUCCCCUUCACUCUCUCAUGUUCCAUAUUCUCUCAUUUAUCUCAUUAUUUCUGUAUAUUGGUUGAGGUUUGUGUUGAGAGUUAAUUUGGUUUAGUAGUGUUACGCCUACCUGAAGGAAACCUGAAGAAGACCUGAAGGAAACCUGAAGGAGACCUGAAGGAAACCUGAAGGAGACCUGAGGAAAACCUGAAGAAGAUCUGAAGGAGACCUGAAGGAGACGCACUGGGCCCUAGGUCUUCUUCUCUUACUCGGGGAAAAUAAAAGGAGCAUAUUUUGGUGUCUUCGUCUUUCUGAAGUAUAGAUAAGUUGUUUCUGGUCACACACACACACACACACACACACACACACACACACACACAACAC